CGGGUCACUUUGGAGCUUGUUGCUGCUGCACUGCACGUAUUACAGCGGUUGCGUUGCGAUUCGUCAUAAUCAGCAAACAAAUCUGAUUUCUCGGCCCGCAGUUAAAGAAUGCAAAUAUCCCUCGACAGGAACUUCGGUCGGUGUUGAAAUCUUUGAAGACCAGUGCAUUGCAGCGAGAUUAAUUUUGUGGCACGAUAGACUGCAUUUGCGAAAGUUAACAUGCACAUUUUAUCAGCUAUAAUAAAAACAAAAAAAAAUAAUAAUACGUGAGCCCUUUCUUUUGUAUCAAAUUUAAAGUUCUGAGAUUAUUCGCAAUGUAUAAGUCGCAGUUCGUCGGUCUGGACGACAAGCCAUGCGAUACGAAAUGCCUGUUGUGCGAUUGCACGUUUGUCCUUCCGACGAAUGAGGCAGAUUUUCUCACGCACUUAUUUAAGGUGCAUCGCCUCGUUAUAGGCGAUUCUUGGAAAAUAGCUAGCUUAAGAAGUUAUGUACACUACUGGGGCAUAAAAUUUAAAGAGGCACCAUUAACGACCUACUGCAGUACAAUGUUAAUGGAUUGUACGCCGGAUGGACGGUCAAGUAAAAAUGAACAUUACUUCAUGCUUUCUGACUGUCUGUCAGAGGACAAGACUCUGAGAGAGGAGAUACAUCGGGCCAAACUGGAAUGGACACUGGGGCAACAGGCAGCUGAACGUGCAGAUACCAGCUUUAAGCGUGGCUGUUUAUUCUGCCGUACCGAAGUCUGUGGAUCGCGUGCCUUGUAUGUAAAACACCUUUAUCAGAAGCACAAUCUUUACCUUGGCAAACCGGAAAAUUUGGUGUUCAUUGACGAGCUUCUGGACAAAAUCCAAAACAAAAUUGAAAGUUUAAUAUGCAUUUAUUGCGAAGGAAUAUUUAAGGAUCGCAUGGUAUUAAAGGAGCAUAUGCGAAAAAAAUUCCACAAAUGUAUAAAUCCUAAUGAUAAAGCGUACGAUAAAUUUUAUAUAAACAAUUAUCUGGAGCCAGAAAGAGCUUGGAAACGGAAACAGGCUAAUUCGGAAAUAAAUCCCGAAGUAGCAGGCGGUAGUAGCGACAAUGAGGACGAAGAAAGUUCAUGGUCCGAUUGGAAUGACGAAUCUAUCGGGAUAACCUGUCUAUUUUGUAAUUAUAGCAACAAUGAAUUUACCUGUAUCCUGGGGCAUAUGAAAGAGGCGCACAGUUUCGAUUUUGAAGAAAUCGUCAAAGACCUGACCUUUUAUCAGAAAGUGAAGGUAGUCAAUUACAUAAGAAGGCAAAUACAGUUACAACGAUGUAUUUUCUGCGAAACAGAAUCGGACAAUGUCUUAGAACAUAUGAGGAAUCAACAACAUUGUAAAAUUGCCACACCAAAAUUUUGGGAUCAGCCGGAAUAUUACUUUCCUAUGACUGAAAAUGACUCAUUUUUAUACAAUCUGGACGCAACUAGUAACAGCGAUGAAGAAAAUGAUGUUGACAAUCUUACUGAAGCAAUGUGUACUUUAUAAAUGAUUUUCCGUAAACAGAAGAUAACUUUUCUACUAAUUUUUUGUUAACUUGUAAAAUAUUAUUACAUCUUAUAUUAAGAUCGUGUACAUUUGAGCUGCUAUCUAAUAAAUCUAUAUUGCUUUUUGUGA